CUGGUUACUUUAAAUAGGUACAGUGAUGACAUUUUUGAUCGAAUAUGGUGGACCGUUAGCUGGACCAGUACAGGAACCAGCACGCAGUCAGACAUAGAGAAUUCAAAUGCUUACCGAGUCCCUGUAAAUGUGUUGAGGACUGCCAGUGGACCGGACAACUUUAGUGAACCCUUUGAGUUCUCCUGGGAUGCCACUAGUGCCAGUGAUCAAUUUUAUGUUUACCUGCACUUUGCGGAAGUUGAAAAACUACAACCCGAUCAAUCCAGAGAAUUCAACAUCUACUUAAACGAACAACUGUGGUAUAAAGGACCGUUUGUUCCACUGUAUUUGGAGGUGAAUACCGUUUUAUCUAAUUCAGUAGUGACAGGCAAAACCAGGUAUACAAUCUCACUCAAGAAAACAGAAAAUUCAACCCUUCCACCCAUUAUCAAUGCCUACGAGAUUUAUAGUGUGAAGAAAUUCUCAGACUCAGGAACAAAUGAGACAGAUGUCUCAGCGAUUCUUAACAUCAAGUCCACAUAUGAAGUGACAAAAGACUGGCAAGGAGAUCCAUGUGAACCACAAGACUUUCACUGGGAAGGUCUUAAUUGCAGCUACCCUAGCUCUAAUCACUCCGCCAGGAUAAUAUCAUUGAACUUGUCAAGCAGUCAACUAACAAGAGAGAUCAUUCCCUCUAUAGCCAAUCUUACACAACUAAGAACUUUGGAUUUGUCUAACAAUAGCCUAAGCGGGCAAGUGCCAGAAUUUUUAUCUCUCCUCACUUUAAGUGUGCUGAAGUUGAAAGGAAAUCAGUUUACUGGUCCACUUCCAGCUCAACUCUUAGAAAACCAAAAGAAUGGGAUUCUGUCAUUGAGUUAUGACGAUUCUGGAAAUGAAGAGAAGAAGAAGAAGUAUAUUCCUGCAGUUGUCGGCACUGUACUUGGUUCGGUACUCUUGGCUGCAAUACUGUUUGGCAUAUGGAUAAUCAGAGGGAGAAAAAUGCAAGAUAAAAUAGUUACAGAAGCCAGUAGCCAUAUCCAUGAUACCAGUAGCCAAACCCAAGCAGGAAAUAGCGAAUUAGAGAGAAAGAACAAGAACAGACAAUUCACAUACUCCGAGGUCCUGAACAUCACAAGAAACUUCCAGAGAGUGCUUGGGGAAGGAGCCUUCGGGAAAGUUUACCAUGGCUAUAUAGGCGACGCUGAAGUUGCUGUGAAGAUGCUCUCUGCAACAUCAACUCAAGGUCAAAGAGAAUUUGAAACUGAGGCCAGUCUCUUGAUGAGCGUUUCCCAUAAGAAUGUAACCUGUCUGCUUGGUUACUGCAACGAGAGCACAAACAGGGGAAUCAUUUACGAGUACAUGGCAAACCGGAGCUUAGAUGAGCAUCUCUCAGGAACAAGUUUUGACAUUUUGAGUUGGAGAAUUAGACUUGAGAUAGCACUUAAUGUAGCAGAAGGACUGGAGUAUUUACACCAUGGAUGUAGACCAGCAAUUAUCCACAGAGAUGUGAAAACUAGCAAUAUCUUACUGAAUGAAAAAUUCCAAGCGAACUUGGGUGAUUUUGGGCUGUCCAAAUCUCACCCAGCUGAAGGUGGCACGCAUUUAGUAACGGGUAUCGCAGGCACUCCUGGUUACAUCGAUCCAGAAUAUUACAAUUCAAAUAAGCUAACGGAAAAAAGUGAUGUGUUCAGUUUUGGGGUUGUUCUUCUUGAGCUAAUAACAGGACGACCAGCAUUAUUAACGAACAGGACUCCCAUUGCUCAAUGGGCUGGAUCUAUUGUAAGAAAUGGCGAUGUUAAACAGGUUGUAGAUCCGAGGUUAAGAGGGAAAUAUGAUGUAAACUCUGCAUGGAAAGCAGUUGAAUUAGCAUUGGCUUGCGCGUCUAACAGGCCCCCCAUGGACAUAGUAGUGCUGGAAUUAAAAGACUGCUUGGUUAUAGAAUUCGGUGGCCUAGAUGCAAAUUCAAACAAUGCAAUAGAAAUGUUCCCUACAGAUGCGGAGAGCUCUUUGGUUCCAGAACCUAGGUAUUUCAUACCUUUGUUAUUGUAUUGUCCUCUUGUUGUAUUUUCUUGGUUUCAUAUAAAUUACAGAGUCAGUGACAAACAUCAAUAUUCAAAUCCUCGACCUCUUGUAACAAUUUUUUUUAAUGCAUUCUCUUGGUUUCUUAUAACUUACGCAGUCAUUGAGGACAUCAAAUUCGAACCCUCCACCUGA